AAAGAACAAAAUGAUUCUCAACCCAAUCGAGGCCGUGUGUGUCUAUGUGGUACAGCCCAUUAUUGAUCUACUGGCAUAUCUUCAGAAUGAUGUGCAUUAUGUGGCGUAUCUCGGUGGCCUUGCAGUCCUUGGAAUGUGCCUGGGACUCCUCUUCAGUAUAAUUACUGUUCUUUGGUACAGGUCCUUACACCCCGAAGAAUUUGCCAAAGUUGAAAAGGGCGAAUAA